ACAUAUCAAUAGAAAAUCGUCUGUCGAAUAUGUUUAAUCAACAACCAUGACUGUCGAAUAUACUCAUUCAUAUCCCCCCAAUUCCCCUUUCUUCCCCAUUUCUUCUUUUGCCUCUACGACAGCAGAUUUGGUUUCUUCUCCAACGAGGUUUGUUGUGACUAUUCUUGUCACCACGCCCCCUGUUGUUGGAAUCUCCGCAUCCGUGCCUUUUGGUCUAUGCCUUUUGGUCCAACCUCCAUCGCCUCUAAGCCACCAUGCUAGCUGGAGGAGGUUCCCUGCAAGUUGCAACACCGUGACUAUCAAAAUCCAGCUUUUAUCGCCUUCAAUGCCUCCACAGCAUCAUCGCCCCCAUUGCCAAAGGUAAUUGGAAUUUUUGUGGUUUUUUUAUACAAAAUUAUACUAUCUCAUUUGUAGAUUAGUGUAAAUUAUUGCUACUAUUGCAUGAAUUGUCAGUGGACUGCAGUUAUUUUUUUCAAGUUUUUGAGAUUGAAAUUUAUACAUUAGUUGAAGAGUUUUUUUUAGUAAAUUUGUAUAUACAAA